AACCAAAACCUCUUCAUUUAAUAAAAUUAUCAACAUGACYAUAAUACCAAAGGUGUCUGCCCUCCUCCUUCUCUCGGCAUCCGUCGAUGGAUUUUCGCCGUCGGGCAAGGCUCCUCUUUCGCCCCCUUCGUCGUCGGUGUCUGCCUCGACGGUCGUCGACGAGUCCGAGGCGCUCUCAAAGUCGUGGGACGAUGACGGUUUCGUGUUCGGAUUGGAAGGCUCGGGACUCGAACGACCCAAGGGAAAGGUCGCUCAAAUCGUCGUAGAAGGGGACUCGCUGGAGACGACMGAUGCCCAGCGGGCAGUUGUUUGGUCGACCCUCCUUGGGCACGCCGGAAUUUGCUCCUAUAGCAUCUCGCAGAUGAUCCAAUCCAACCAACAAGCCCUGGACGCAGUSGCCGGAAACGAGGCACUGACCACGGGCCUCACCGCCRUGCAGGCAGCACUAGUGGUACUGUCUUCCUGGGUACUUGCGGAUUUUGGGUCGGGGGUUCUACACUGGAGCGUCGACAACUACGGAAACGGAAAGACUCCGGUGAUGGGUGGAAUUAUUGCGGCCUUUCAGGGUCACCACUCUGCCCCGUGGACCAUUUGCGAGCGAGAGUUCGAAAACAACGUCUACAAGCUCUGCGUCCCUUUCGGAAUCCAGACCGUGCUGGCAAUGAAAUUCGUUUUCGGCUUGGGUCCGGCGUCCGUGUUGUUUUGGUCCACCUUUUCCGCCAUGGAAAUCAUGUCUCAGGAGUUCCACAAGAUGAGCCACGCCACCAAAUCCGAGGCGGGGCCCGUUUGGAACUUUUUGCAGGACGCGGGCUUGGUGAUCGAUCGCAAGUCGCACGCUCAGCACCACAUCGCGCCCUACGACGGAAACUAUUGCAUCGUGAGCGGCGGGUGCAACAAGGCGCUCGACGAGUCGGGGUUCUUCCGGCGGCUGGAGCACAUUGUUUAUAACCUCAACGGCGUCGAGUCCAAUGCCUGGAAACUGGAUGCAGACUUAAGGGAACGAACUCUGAAUGGAGACUAUGCACUACCAAGGAAAGGGACGAAAUGAAAAAGUAACACAAGAAGCUAAUAAAUUGUUA